UUAUAUUAGUGCAGAACACUGUACCUUUAAUUUAAAUGCCCUUGGAGUCUGCUGGGGAAGAGAAAUAAUACUGUCAGUCAGUAUGACAUGCAGAUGAGUGCCGUCGAUCUUAGAAUCACCGCACACUUCACUCAUUUGGGCAGUCACGGGGCCAAAACCAGAGUGUGGAGCCACAGUGUGGCGGUGGAGGCAGCAGCAAUGGGAGGCCAUACAGCACCCUAUGACAAAAUGGAACCCACCAGCAGUGUGAGGAGACCUGAAAGUGGCACAUGGCAGAGUGUGGCGAUGGAGACAGCAGCAAUGGAGGCCGUACAGGGACCCAUGACACACUCUGGACCUGGCAGCAGCAUGAGGAGGCAGUACAGGGGCCCAUGACAGAUUACGGGCCUGGCAGCAGCAUGAGGAGUCGGUACGGGGGCCCAUGGCAGAUUACGGGCCUGGCAGCAGCAUGAGGAGGCGGUACAGGGGCCCAU